ACCUCCUCAUUCACAUUCAUUCAUACGUCUCCUUCUUCUCUAUUCAAUCCUUCUUCUUCCUCCUCAUAAAUUUUCAGACUUCCCGAACUGCCCUCCCACCAUUACCAUUUUCCGUUAUUUUCUUCAUAAUCAUCAUUAACAUCUCCAAUGGAUACUUCUCAUCAGAACUGGCUAGGAUUUUCUCUAUCUAACGCACAGUAUCAUGAACAAACAUCAUCGUCACCAUCAGUAGUACCAGAUCAUCAACAACAACAACAGUUCUUUCAAACACUGAAUGCAACUUCUUUUCCUAGAGAUGAAAAUGAGAAUGAUGGUUCAACUAAUCUAUCUAUGUAUAACUUUGAUCGGAAACUUGAAGAUUUUCUUGGUGUUUCUUCUACUAAUAAUACUCAUGAAUCUGCAGACAACAAUAGCAACAAAAACAACAACAGCACAAACAGUUCUACUGCUGAUCAGUAUGGGAUUAUUACUUAUGAUUCAGAGUUGAAAUCAAUUGCUUCUAGUUUCUUACGUGGGUAUACUACUGAUAAUAAUCAUUAUCAAAACCCUAGUCUUGAUCAUCAUGAUUUGGAAACUACAAACAGUACAGGCACCACCACUGCCAUGGUUGCGGCACCACUCCCCGUGGAGGUUACUUCUGAUGCCGUAUCGAAAAAAUCUGUUGAUAAUUUCGGUCAAAGAACUUCGAUUUACCGUGGAGUUACCAGGCAUAGAUGGACAGGAAGAUAUGAAGCUCAUCUGUGGGAUAAUAGUUGUAGAAGAGAAGGCCAAAGUCGGAAAGGAAGACAAGUUUAUCUUGGUGGGUAUGAUAAAGAGGAUAAAGCAGCAAGAGCUUAUGAUUUAGCAGCUCUAAAAUAUUGGGGUCCAACCACAAGUACGAACUUUCCGGUUACAAAUUAUGAGAAAGAAAUUGAAGAUAUGACAAAUAUGACCAGGCAAGAAUUCGUUGCAUCCCUAAGAAGAAAAAGUAGUGGGUUUUCUAGAGGAGCUUCAAUAUAUAGAGGAGUGACAAGACAUCAUCAACAUGGUAGAUGGCAAGCAAGAAUUGGAAGAGUUGCAGGGAACAAAGAUCUUUACUUGGGAACUUUCAGUACCCAGGAAGAAGCAGCAGAGGCCUAUGACAUAGCUGCGAUAAAGUUUAGAGGCCUAAACGCCGUAACAAACUUCGAUAUGAGUCGAUAUGACGUAAAAAGCAUUGCUAAUAGUAAUCUUCCUAUAGGAGGAAUUACAGGAUCAUCAUCCAAAACAACUAAAGCUAUUAUUAACUCAGACUCAAUCUCAGAUGAUAGAAGUAAUGAUGGGGGUCAUUCAGACGAUCGAGAUUUCUCGUCAACAACACUUAGCUUUGGUUUACCCAUUAAGCAAGAUCCGUCAUCAACAGAUUAUUGGUCUCUUGUUAAUGGGUCUGGUCAAAAUAAUGGGGUGACGAAUAUACUUCAUCAACAAACAAGUUCUCAUGAUCAAGGAAAUAUUACUACUGGUAACAUGUUUUUCAAUGGCGGAUUUGUUCAUCAACUACAACAACAAGAACAACAGUGUGUAAUGUCAUCAUCCUCGCCAAUGUCUUAUGAUGGUUCUGCUGCUGGUUAUGGUGGAGAGUGGGUACUUGCACAACCUCCUCUUGUUUAUCAGACUGGAAAACCUAAUCUGUCAGUGUUUCAGACACCCAUUUACGGAAUGGAAUGAUCACAAGAGCUAGACAAGGGAAGCUGCAGAAUAAGAGAGAUGAAGAAUCCAUGACAGUAGUUGUAGUGUAGUGGCAGUACUAUUUGAUAAUGCGAGCAUCUAAGUAGGUCAAGUUUUUCUUGAAACAUAAGAGCUGACAACAAAGAAAGAAAAGAGAUGGGUUGAUUAGAGCAUGCUGCAUAACUGAUAGAGACUAACACUGUUAGGUUUGGAUGUUUUUGUUGGAUUAUGCUUGUCCCAUUUUGAGUUUUUAACUUUUACUACUCGCAUGAUGUGAUUUAGUAUAUUUUGGAAAUGGGUAAAAGGAAUCCUUUAAUAGUUCUCAUGUUCAAAUUUUAUGAUUCAAUCUAAAGCUUAUUCAUAUGUCUCUGGGAUCUGGAUGACCUAUUUCUGAUGUUUAACUGAACUACUCACUUUAUUGACGAGGAGGUAAAA